CCCGGCUUUCCGCCGCGAGGGCGCGGGCUGGGGGCCGCGGGAGACCGGAGCCGGCCGCCAUGAGCGUGGGCUUCAUCGGCGCGGGCCAGCUGGCGUGUGCGCUGGCGCGGGGCUUCACCGCCGCGGGCAUCUUGUCCGCCCACAAAAUAAUGGCCAUCCCCGAGAUGGACCUGCCCACCGUGUCUGCGCUCAGGAAGAUGGGCGUGAACCUGACUCGGAGCAACAAGGAGACGGUGAGGCACAGCGACGUCCUGUUCCUGGCGGUGAAGCCGCACAUCAUCCCCUUCAUCUUGGAUGAGAUUGGGGCUGACGUGCAGCCCAGGCACAUUGUGGUCUCCUGUGCUGCCGGUGUCACCAUCAGCUCUGUGGAGAAGAAGCUCAUGGCCUUCCAGCCAGUCCCCAAAGUGAUCCGCUGUAUGACCAACACGCCUGUGGUGGUGCGCGAGGGCGCCACCGUGUACGCCACCGGCACGCACGCCCUGGUGGAGGACGGGCAGCUCCUGGAGCAGCUCAUGAGCAGCGUGGGCUUCUGCACAGAGGUGGAGGAGGACCUGAUCGACGCCAUCACUGGGCUCAGCGGCAGUGGACCGGCCUAUGCGUUCAUGGCCCUGGACGCGCUGGCCGAUGGCGGGGUGAAGAUGGGUCUGCCGAGGCGCCUGGCCAUCCGACUCGGGGCCCAGGCCUUGCUGGGUGCUGCCAAGAUGCUGCUGGACUCGGAGGACCACCCGGGCCAGCUCAAGGACAACGUCUGCUCCCCGGGGGGGGCCACCAUCCAUGCCCUGCACUUUCUGGAGAGCGGGGGCUUCCGCUCUCUGCUCAUCAACGCGGUCGAGGCGUCUUGUAUCCGGACACGAGAGCUGCAGUCUAUGGCGGACCAAGAGAAGAUCUCUCCAGCCGCUGUGAAGAAGACCCUCCUGGACAGAGUGAAGCUGGAGUCCCCCGCCGUGGCCACGCUGGCCCCCUGUAGCCCGGGAAAGCUCCUCACCAGAGUCCCGGCCCCGGGGGGCAAGAAGGACUGAGGCCCCUCUGCCCGCUGCCCCUCACCGCCACGGGACACGCCCUCGCCUUACAGACGCCUUCUGUCUUCAGAGCGGCAGCGCGGCUCCCCUGUCCACCCAGCCCCCCCGGGCCAGGCUCCCCUGUCCACCCAGCCCCCCCGGG